AUGGACUCGCACCUACAUCCCCUGGAGGGUCUAUACAAGCCGAACAGCCUCAAGGGGCUCUACUAUGGCCCGGACGUGGUCAAGAAUCACAUCCUGUCGGUUCUGCCCACCCAGACGUCCAAGGCUUUCAUCAUCACGGGCAACUCUCUGGCCAACAAGACUCCGCUCAUCAAGUCGCUCGAGGAACUCCUGACCAAGGAUCACCACGCGGGCACGUUCAGCAACAUCAGGCAACAUGCCCCUGUGGCCCAGCUGGAUGAGGCCACCGCCAUCGUCAAGAAAGACAGCACUAUCGACACCAUCAUCUCCGUAGGCGGCGGCUCCCCCAUCGACAGCGCCAAAGCCAUCUCGUACCGCCUGCAUGAAACGUCCCAGAAGUGGCUCUUGCACAUCACCAUCCCGACCACUUUGUCCGCCGCCGAGUGCACCGCCGUUGCCGGAUACACGCAGGCAGACGGCACCAAGACCGGCAUCAGCCACCCCAAUACGUACCCGGCCUACAUCUUCUAUGACCCAAAAUUCGCCAUCUACACCCCACCGCACCUGUUCCUGUCCACGGGCCUGCGGGCCAUGGACCACGCCGUCGAGAGCCAGUAUCACCCCAUGACGACGUGGGUCCCCUGCCGCAUGGUCGCGUUGAACGCCAUCACCGAACUCUUCCGCCUGCUGCCCAAGUACAAGGAGAACCCCAAGGACGAGGACGUGAUCACGGGCCUACUCCUGGCCGCCUACGCGAGUCUGGGGUUUACGGGGCUGAAUCUGAAAGGUGGCCUGGGCAUCUCCCAUUCCUUGGGGUACGCCUUGGGCUCGCCCUACGGGAUCCCGCACGGCAUCACGUCGUGCUUGACGCUGGGCCACGUGGUGAAACUCAAGGCCCGACAGAGCACGGACAACGCGGCGAACAUCGCAGCCAUCCUGCCCUACAUCGGCGGGGAAAAGCGGUCGGGCGACGACGUCCAAGACAGUGACCGCGUCGGCGACCGUAUCUUGGGCCUGGUGCAGGACCUCGGCCUGAAGACGACCUUGACCGAGAAGGGCGUGGGCAAGGAUCAGCUGGACAUUAUCUGCUCGAGGGCCACGGGCGGGCUGAUGCCCCAGAAGGAGAAGAGCCCGCAGGAUGAGGAACUUUUAAAGUCGCUGAGAGGGCUGGUGGAGAAAUUGUGGUAA